UCUGCCAUUCGGUGCCUCCGUGCGUAAAAGCAGAACCACCGCGAUGACCUGCGUCCGGAGUUUGUACUAUGCCUGGCUGUGAUUUACUACUCUGGGUGCGGAUUAGCUGAUUUACAUGGAUCAUAGAGAAAACCCCUUAUUUAUACCUGGAUUAAUGUGUCGGCCAUGAGGAUACCUGCGCCUGGAGAGGAUACGCUUGUUUGAAAGUACAGUGAAGUAUCAAAUCCUUCACCAUACCCGCGUCAUUAACCCACAGUGACCAACACUAAGCAGUCAGGAGCUAUGCAGGGAGCCUGUCCCUGGGCUGUCAGAGUUUCCAUGCUGCUGUUGUUGCUUCGGUCGGACCCCUUGGACAGCCAGCAGACAUCAGAGCACAGAAAGGUUCCUCAGAGGGCAGAGCCCCCGCAGGAGUUCAGGGCAGAGCAUGGAGAGAUUCAGGGCUCCUGGGGAACCUGGGGGUCCUGGUCAACCUGCUCCCGGAGUUGUGGAAACGGAGUCCAAGAGCAGACCAGGCCGUGUCUGCCUGUGUACAGUCCAAGGUACCCCUCCAGAGCCGGUGGUGUCCAGCCUGAGCAAGGCCAUGUGUUCUCAUCCCUGCGGCCAACUGUUCCGCUGCAUCGUGACCGAGUCAGAUCUUCCAACAGCAGGGUCCGUGGAGACACAUGGAGGGACAGGGAGGCCAGGCCUGAUGGACGAAGGAGGGUUUCUCAUAUCAUCCCUGGGAGAUAUGGCUAUGGCAGAGCCCCCUAUGUUGCCCCUCUGCAGACGGAUGCUGGCCGGGUCUCUGAGACGCGUCACCCUCCCAGACAGAGACGCUCUGCUGCUGCCAGUUCCCACCACCCCUCUGCUAGAGGCCACGGUGGCCACAGGUCAAACAGCCUGGACCCCUCCAGCAGCCCCCACCGAUACACCAGACCCUAUGUGCAACCCAGAAAUAACCAAGUCUGGGCCCCCCUGUACCAGCCGUCAUCAGCCAGCCAGGCCGAGGUCCAGCCGGAGACGCAAUCAGCCAGCGAGACCUCUGACGCUCAGCAGUAUCACGAGAGGCCCUACAACCCUCUGCCUUCUUCUUACUGCUCCGGAGAGCACGCUCGCCACAGGAUCUGCAACAGUAACGCCUGCCCUCCGUCCAGCAGACCCAUCAGAGCCGUCCAGUGUUCCUCCUACAACAGCCAACCCUUCAUGGGAAGAAUUUACGAGUGGGAGCCCUUCAACGAAGUUCCUGGGGAGCAGCACUGUGAGCUCCACUGCCGGGCCGUCGGCUUCAGGUUCUACGUGCGACAGUCGGAGCGGGUGAUCGACGGGACGCCGUGCGGCCUGAACGACUCGUCUCUCUGCGUGGCGGGGAAAUGUGUGAGUCUCGGCUGCGAUGACUACCUCGGCUCGGACAAGGUGAUGGACAAGUGCGGCGUGUGCGGCGGGGACAACUCGACCUGCAGGCUGGUCUCAGGGUUGUUUAGACACAGCUUGACCAAAGUCGGCUACCACAAGAUCGUGGAAAUCCCGGAAGGAGCCACCAAGAUCAACGUGACGGAGAUGGUGAAGAGCAAAAACUACCUAGCUCUGCGAAGCCGAUCAGGCCGAUCCAUCAUCAAUGGAAACUGGGCCAUCGACCGGCCGGGGAAAUACGAGGGAGGGGGCACCAUGUUCACCUACCGCCGACCCAACGAAAUCAGCAGCACGGCCGGGGAGUCCUUCCUCGCCGAAGGGCCCACCAAUGAGAUCCUGGACGUUUAUAUGAUUUUCCAGCAGCCAAACCCUGGUGUUCACUACGAGUACCUUCUGCCCUCUGAAACACACACCAGGCAGGAACCGAACCACAGGCCGGAAGGGAAUGUUGUCACCGGACAGGGAGGGUACGACCAACACACCAGCACCCAGCGGGAAACCUUAAACUCAGCGGGCGGAGGGUGGUACCCCCCUCACGUCCCCGACAACCAGGUUCCCGCCGCUCCACCGCCCAGACGAGAGAGAGAGUACAGCUGGAGGCAGAGCGGCACUACGGAGUGCAGCGCUUCCUGUGGGAAAGGUUUCAGAUACUCUGUUUUUAACUGCGUCCACCGGCUGAACCAAGUGCAGGUAUCAGACGCACUGUGUGACAGCAGCAGCCGACCCAACCCACAGGAAGAGGCCUGCAACCUGCAGCCAUGCCCAGCAUUCUGGGACAUUGGAGAGUGGUCAGAAUGCAGUAAGACCUGCGGUCUGGGGAUGCAGCAGCGGCAGGUCUUGUGUCGCCAGGUUUACGCCAACCGCACCCUCAACGUGCACACCACCCGCUGCCGACACCUGGAGCGGCCCGAGACCACCAGCAGCUGCCAGCUGAAGAUCUGCAGCGAGUGGCAGAUCCGCUCGGACUGGACCGCUUGCUCGGUGCCAUGUGGACUGGGUCAGAGGUCGCGAGAGGUACGCUGUGUCAGCAACGUGGGCGACUUUGUUCCCGACGAGGAGUGCAACAUGAAUCUGCGGCCCAACGACGUGGAGAACUGCGACAUGGGGGCCUGCGCCAAGAGCUGGUUCUACACCGAGUGGGGCAGCAGGUGCUCUGCUGAAUGUGGGAUGGGGGUUCGAACCCGGGGGGUGCUCUGCCUGAACAACCACAUCAGCAGCCUCCCUCUGGAGGGCUGUGGCAGCGAGCGGCCCGCCGACUCCCAGGUCUGCAACAACGGCGCCUGUGAGAACCGCAUCGAGUGGUUCACGGGACCGUGGAGUCAGUGCUCUGCGGAGUGCGGCCCCGGCAGCCAGCAGAGGUCGGUGGUGUGUUUGAUGACGUCGGAGGAAGGAUUCACCGUCAUGCCGCCGUACGAGUGCUCGUCGCUGGAUCGACCUCUGAGUCAGCAGAGCUGCAACCUGAAGGCGUGCGGAGCCAAGUGGUACCACACUGACUGGAGCGCUUGUUCAAAGACGUGCGAGGGAGGUUUCCGCGUGCGGGAGGUUCGCUGCCUGUCGGACGACAUGCUGUCCAGUGAGCAGUGCGACGAGCAGCGGAAACCAGCCGAGAGGGAGAACUGCAACCCGGAGCCGUGCAUUGCUCACAUCGAUGAGAACUGCAAAGACAAAUACUUCAACUGCAACGUGGUGGUCCAAGCUCGCCUCUGCGUGUAUGAGUACUACCAGACAACGUGCUGCGCCUCAUGUUCACGGGUGGCCCACCGACAGCCCAUCUAUCGAGGCCGCAGCUAGCCCCCCCACACACACGCCCCCCCUGCUGGGCCUAAAUGAACGGACCCUGCAUCGGGCCCUGGGAUCCAAGGCUGGGCCUCACCUGAAACAGACAGACUCUUGAUUUGUUUGCCACGGAUGGAUACCGAAGGAGAAACCUUUUAAUUUUAAUUUUGUUGGUGCAUUUGGACACAGCUGGCUGGAGAAGAAGAGCACCCUGAGAAGAACGGGUGAUCAGAGUUGGAUCAACGGCGCCCCGGAGGGAUGAGACGAGGGCAGACUGGUGAAGUCAAACUGAAUUUGGGUUUGAAUCGUGUCUAAUUUAAGGAAUAUUUUUCCUUGAUUCAAGAUGAACAGUGUGCAGCUGUUAUUUUUACCUUUGGUUCUUGUUGAUUACCUGUAGAGGAGGAGAAAGAGGAGGAGGAGGCGGCGGCAGCUCUUGUCAAGCCCUAAAAUGUGGAGUGUUUGUAGCAGCUGUAUAUUUCAGUAAGUUUUAUUUUGACUCCGCAAAACUCACACUUCUGAUACAAGCUGAUGCUGUCUCAUGUAUGAUAUUCAGUUUACCCUUCACGAUGACAGUGACAGAUUUCUACUUUUUCCCCCAACAUAUUUUGAGUUCUAAACCCUUCUCGGUGCUCUUAAUGUUUCCAUCACUCGCCACGGAUUCACAGGAAGUUUUAUUUUCGUCCAUAUCAGGUUUCUCUGGCAAACCGGCUUUUUUUUCCAACCUACGUCUCAAGAGAUGUAAAAGCAGCUCCUGCAUUGUGUGUAAAUAUGUAUGUAUGACAAAAUGUGUAAGAUAAAGCUUGUUUUUAAGGGUUUUCUGUACAGUUUGCCUCCCUCCCAGCAGCUGAAGAGAAAAAUCGUCCCCUUUAUUUAUUUGCGUGCACCCCUCCCCUCCCCCUGCCCACAGGAGGAACCCUCUUUAUCGGCCACCGGUGGCCCCCUCAUGACUUUGGGGAUAAAAUCUUUGCAGCGUAGGAGCCGGUCGCAGCCUCUGAACUGAAUGUAGGCAUUCCUCAGCCUGCUGGAUGGCAGAAGCAGAUGCUCAGAAAGCCGUCUGCAUUCAUGGAGUUCAAACUGUUGUGUAUAUGUAUAUCUUUUUUUUUUUUUUUUUCAUUUUGUGGGAUUAGAUCAUUCCACAUUUUGUACAAUUCCUAAUUAUCAAAUAUAUGUUGAAUAUCCUCAUUUGAUUUUAAAAAAUUAAUCACUACAACGUUUUACUGCUCUUUAUUGUGGCACACGUGAGGUUUACAGUCACGGUGAGCCGUCCUUUCCUGCCAUACCACUACUGUUUAAUUUUUCCUUUUAAACAGACACCCAAUGUGUCAUGGGAAGUUGUUUUUGUAUGAUAUAGUCUUUUGAUCAACUUCCUCUAAGCACUAUAAUUUUACCUCCCACCCAUAUGUACUGUUCUUGUAUUAUUCAGUCUCUAAGAGAAGGAGCCCUUGUCAAUGUGCCAUUGUGAUGGCAUGAUAUCUUUUUUUCUAAA